GGUUCUUAUCGGUAAAUAGAAGUCCUUUAUUUACAAACGUACUCAUGACAUAGAUUAUGAUUGCGGCCAGAGAAGGUGGGAAACAAGAUCUAGAGGGAUGUCUAUUGAUAUUACGCCCGAUCACGGAUACGUUGUUUUAGUCAUAGCUUCGACAUGGUUCCUCUUAAACUGGACGGCAAUGAAAGUCUUGGAGGCAAGACGGAUGUACUCUAUUCCGGACCCAAGAAUGUAUAGUGCCAAUGAUGACCGGUUCAACUGUAUACAGAGAGCCCAUCAGAACACGUUGGAAGUGUAUCCCACAUACAUAAUACUACAGAUAUUUGGAGGCCUGUAUGCACCAAAACUUGGAGCUGUCAGUGGCCUGAUCUGGAUGGCUGGACGGGUAGCUUAUGCACUUGGAUAUUACACAGGGGACCCAGAGAAGAGGAAGAAUGGUUUUUUCGGAUAUAUAGGCAUUUUAACUUUACUUGUGUGUACAGUGAUGCUUGGCUUGUCACUUCUUGGAAUUGUAUAAACCACACACAUACAGUGACAUCUCACGUCCUUUUCUGUGGAGAAAAGAAAUUACUUAAUUAACUGGCAUCUAUAGAGAAUAGAAAACCCUCUCAUCACCUGUAAUUACAUGCCAGGAAUUACAAAUUUUGUCAUUAAGUCAAAUUCUUCAGUGAUAUCCUGUUACGAAAAUUCAAUUGUCAUUAAUGUAUUUUUGCUGCCAUUGGUCUGUCAUCAUUUGAUCACUGUGUCUGUCAUCAUAACACUGUCAUUGGUUUGUCAUCUUUAAAUUGUGUCAUUGUACCCAUCAUCUUCAUCGUAACUUGCAGAUAUCUAUCAUGGUUUGUUUGUUAAUUCUUUUAUUAAAUUGCUUAAAAUCUUAA